AUGAAAGCUUUCACCUUUGCCUUGUCGCUUGGCCUUUUCGGUAGUGUCCAUGCUUGGUGGAAACCCACCCCGGACACCUCCUACCAGAUCCAACUCAGUGGGACGCUCGAUCUCUCCUACGACGUCGACAUGUACGACAUUGAUAUGUUCGACACACCCAACGCCACCAUUGCCGAGCUACAGCAACGAGGCAUCAAGGUUAUCUGCUAUUUCAGCGCCGGUACGUACGAAGACUGGCGUUCUGACAAGGAUCGCUUCAGCACCGAUAUUAUCGGCACACCUCUUCCAGAGUGGAAAGGUGAAAGCUGGGUCGACAUUCGCAAUACGAAACUGCGCGAAAUCUUGGCGGACCGCAUGAAGCUUGCUCAGGCCAAAGGUUGUGACGGUGUAGACCCUGACAAUGUGGACGGCGCCUUCAAUGUCAACGGCCUCAACCUCACGGCGGCCGACCAGCUUGACUUCAAUGAGUUCCUGGCCACGACAGCUCACGAUCUCAACUUGACCGUGGGUCUGAAAAAUGACCUAAAUCAAGUCGAGGACCUGGUUUCCGUCUUUGACUUCUCGGUGAACGAACAGUGUGUGCACUACAACGAAUGUGAUAUGCUGGUACCUUUUACCAAGGCGAACAAACCUGUAUUCGGCAUCGAGUACUCCGGCGACAAGUCGACGGCACACUGA